AUGAUGAACUUCAGUGGUCAAUAUCGUAAAACCAGAAACAUUAACCUUGGCGGUCGCAAUACUGGAACCGCGGGAUCCAGAGAAUCCCUUCUCCGCAAAGCUCAGCUUGACCGCCAACGCCGUGAACAGGCCAGAAAGGAAGAGAAGGCUGCUCUUCAUAUUCAAUCAUAUUACAGAGGAAAGAGAGAUUUAUGGAAUCAACGCAUCUUGAUAGCGAGCGAAUGGCAUGAGAAAUAUAUAGAGAAUGGGGGCCAACCAAUUUCCAACGACUAUGAGUUCAUCAAGUGCUUAAAUGAAUUUCAAUUUGCCUUGAGAUAUUUGAUUCAUCAAAGCAAUUUACUCGAUUACGUUAUAUCUUUGCAUCAGAUUGUGGCUAGCCAUGAAGUUUUGUUCAAAGACUUGCUAACUGAAGAAAAUGAUAGUUACCAGCAGUUUUUUGAGAGAUUUGAGGUAGCUAUUCUAAAUGCAUUGCUAAAUGGAAAGGACGUGCCAAAGAUUGGACCGGCACAUUUAGAGUCAUUAAAUAUUAUUUUGGCAGUUAAUAAGUAUGUUAACUUGUCGAGGCCGGAAAGAGUCGUGCCAUUAUUAUCACAAAUGGCGCAGGGUGUUCUUAGAGAAUUAUCAGGAAAUCGGUCCGCCAUUGAAGAAUAUGGGGUUGUUUUAACUGAAAUUCUCAAACCAUUUUGGACAAGUGUUCCUCAAUUACUGAUUGUCGAUGUCUUCUCUAUACCAAAUAUUUUUUCACUGAUUUCGCAAUCUAGUUUCAAGUCUGAUGGCAGCAUUUCUGAACUAACAUCUCCUAUGUUCAUGAAUUUGAGCGCACAAAUUAAUAGCCUAGAUUCUAAUCGCAAGUUAUGGCUUCUGGCAAACUCAUUAUCCUCAUUUAUAUCUGUAGAUUCAUCUCUAACACUUGGAGAUGUUGGUGUAAUAACUGCCUUACUACAGUAUCUCGAUGUAAAGAUUAUUGAGAGAACAGAUAUUGCAUAUUCAGAGUCCGAAACAAGUGACCAUGAGACUGUUAGGUCCGUCGAAGACAGUCCCCAGAAAAAAAUGACUUUUGCAUUUUCAUCUAGUUCAAUGCCUUUGCAUGUAAAGGCGAUUAAUUAUCUUUAUGAGCGGGAGUUUACUAAUAGUAUAUUUCAGCUGUUAAGUAAAAAUCUUUCAGCUUCAGCGAUUAACUUAAUCGCUACACUUUACGUUUAUUUAAUCAAGCUGUUUCCAAGACGGCGGAAGGAUCUGAUGCUUUAUCUCUCGUUGGUUACGUUAUCUAAUGGUGAAACAUCAUCUUCGGCUGUUCACGUUUUUUGGGAAUCUUUUAAGCAGUCUAAUUGUUACGAGGAAAUAAGUAACAAUGUUCUAUCGCAGACCAGGCUAGUAGAACUGUCCGGUGAUUUCUCCAGUUGGACCAAGCUCAUAUUGACUUUUGAACUUUACUCGUACUGGUUGAUUAUAGCUGAUGAUACAGAAUUCUGGGAGAAUGAACAGCAAGGAAUAUCUUUUAACGAGGUGCGUAGUAUGUCUAUAUUCUUGAAGAAUCUAUGUUAUUCGCUAAUUUGGAACUGGCCCAAAGUUGAAUCGGAGUCAAGGGUGUCCGAUGAAACCAGAGCUAUAGUCACAAAGCUAAAAGAUAUGUCUUUACUGGUUAUCCGUCAAAUAUAUACGAGGGACUCACGACGUCAAUUUCUUGGUAAGGACUUUUGGUUGAUGGGAAAUAAUGUCAUUGACAUGGAACAGUUCAUUCCUGCCGUGGUAGAAGAAGAAGAACGGCAACAAGAAGCGGCAUUACGGGCGGUUGAUGAUAGCGAAGAUGAAUCUGAUAUUCCAACAGCAAGGGGAAUUCUUAAGUCGUCUAUCGCUCCAAGAUUAGAAAUAUUGAAACAGGUUCCGUUUUUCAUGCCAUUUGAUCUGCGGGUCCAUGUAUUUCAAGCAUUUAUUGAACUAGAUAGAGUACGGACUCAACAGACAACGCCGUUAUCUAUGGACUUGUUUGGGAAUAUGCCUAGAAUCAAGGCCGACAUUCGACGAGAGAAUCUGUUUGAGGACGCUUAUCGCAACUUUGCGAGUGCUGGGCCCUCGUUCAAGUUCCCUAUCGGUGUUACGUUUCUUUCCCAAGGAAUGCCAGAGAGUGGUAUUGACGGGGGAGGUCUAACUAAGGAGUUUUUAACUUCCGUUUGUCAGGAAGGUUUUUAUGAAAAUGACUUAGACCUCUUUCAUAGCACGAAAGAUCACCUGCUAUAUCCAAACCCAGUAUUUGGUGUUUCCAGAAAGUUCAGUAACCUGUCAGACGAAGAACUGGAAUAUUCGCUGUCACGAAUUGAGUUUCUUGGACAAAUUGUAGGCAAAUGUUUGUACAGUGAGAUUCUUGUUGAUGUCGAGUUUGCACCUUUCUUUCUAUUGAAAUGGGCAGGGAAGGUGGCAAGAAAUUCUUUCGACGAUUUAUAUUCACUGGAUCCAGAGCUGUAUGAAAAUCUGGUAAAGGUGCACAAGUAUCCUGGAAAUGUGGAGGAAGAUUUGAAUUUAAAUUUUGUUACUGUGCAAGAAACUGGCCAUGGCGCUCAUCGUAGUAUUGAACUGAGGCCAAAUGGUGAAGAUACUCCGGUGACAAAUAGUAAUCGACUUGAAUACAUUCACUCGAUUGCUAAUUAUAAGCUUAACUCUGUUCUGGCCUUACAGACUAACAGGUUUUUAAGGGGUAUGAGUAAAGUAAUUUCUCUCAACUGGCUGAGUAUGUUUAAUGCAAAGGAAUUACAGAUGUUGAUUAGCGGCGGAAACUCUAAGAUAGAUCUCACUGACUUGAAAACAAACACAGUCUAUGGAGGAUACCUAGACCAUGAUCCGACAGUUGAAUACUUUUGGCAGGUGGUCGAAGAGUUGGACGACAGUGAUAAGCGAGAUUUCAUAAAGUUUGUCACGUCAGUUCCAAAAGCUCCCUUGUUGGGAUUCUCUCAGCUCAACCCUAAGUUUGCUAUCAGAAAUGCAGGCUCUGACAGAGAGAGACUGCCUACUUCGUCAACAUGUGUGAAUUUGCUUAAGCUCCCUGACUAUAAAAACAAACAGCUUUUGAAGGAAAAGCUAAUCUACGCUAUACGGUCGGGAGCUGGAUUUGACUUAUCAUAG